AUGGCAAACCUCACGUGCGUCUCCGAGUUCGUCUUACUUGGGUUCGGAGGGGGCUCAGGCACACGCACAGUGCUGUUUCUGGUGUUUUUGGCCCUGUAUGCCGCGACCAUGGUGGGGAACUGUGGCAUGAUCCUGCUCAUCGGUGUGGACGCGCACCUCCGCACUCCGAUGUACGCCUUCCUCCAGAGCCUGUCCUUGCUGGACGCCUGCUACUCCUCCACGAUUGUGCCCAGGGCCCUGGCGGACUUCUGGGCGCCGCAGGGCACGGUGUCCUUCCGGGGCUGCGCGGCUCAGUUCUUCUUCCUGUCCUUCUUCGGCACCGCCGAGGCCUUCUUGCUGGCUGCCAUGGCCUACGACCGCUUCGUGGCCAUCUGCUGCCCCCUGCUCUACUCCGUGCGCGUGUCCCGCCAGCUGUGUGCGCGCCUCGUGCUGGGCUCUUACUCCUGGGGGGCCCUCAACGCCGUCACUCAGACUACCAUGACCUUCACGCUGUCGUUCUGCGGGCCCAACGAGGUCAACGGCUUCUUCUGUGAUGUGCUUCCCCUCUUGUCCCUCUCCUGCUCGGACACCUCCGUCAACCAGCUGGUUCUGCUUGGCGUCUGUGGCUCCAUCAUCGUGGGCACCUUCCUGGUGGUUUUGGCCUCCUAUCUCUGCAUCAUCUCUGCGAUCCUGCAGAUCCGCACCGCGCAGGGCCGCCACAAGGCUUUCUCCACCUGUGCCUCGCACCUCACUGGGGUCUGCCUGUUUUUCGGUACGGUUUUCUUCAUGUAUGCGCAGCCCAGCGCCCAGUCCUCCAUGGAGCAGAGCAAGGUGGUGUCUGUCUUCUACACCGUGGUCAUCCCCAUGCUGAACCCGCUCAUCUACAGCCUGAGGAACAGCGACGUGAGGCGAGCGCUGAGCAGGGCCAAGCACAGCCUCUCCCGGAGUGACCGCGCUGUGGUCUCCUAA